AUGCCAAUGAAAAAUCAAACCACAGUGACUGAAUUUAUUCUCCUGGGACUUUCCAGUGACCCACAGAUGCAGAUUUUCCUCUUCUUGGUGUUUUUAGUUAUUUACCUAAUCUCUCUGAGUGGUAACAUAGUGAUCAUGGUGGUGAUAAGAGCUGAUUCUCACCUUCACACCCCUAUGUACUUCUUCCUCUUCCAUUUAUCCUUUGUUGAUAUCUGCUGUUCCUCAGUCACAGUGCCUAACACACUGAGGAACUUCCUAGUAGUGCACAAAACUAUUUCUGUCAAUGGCUGCAUUGCUCAGAUGUUCUUCGUCCUCCUUUCCAGUGGUGCUGAAAUUCUCAUUCUCUCAGCCAUGGUUUAUGACCGCUACGCUGCCAUCUGUGACCCAUUGCGUCACAUGGAGAUAAUGAGCAAAGGAAUCUGUGUUCAGCUGGUGAGUGGGGCAUGGGCAAUAAGUUUCUUCCAUGCCCUGCUUAACACUGUUUUUACCUUCAAUUUGCAUUUCUGUGGGCCCAAUCAAAUCAGCCAUUUCAGCUGUGAACUCCCUCCUCUAUUACAACUGUCCUGCACUGACAACCUCACCAAUCAAGUGGUGCUUAUUACUUCUGUUCUGAUAUUUGCAUCAAGUGCCUUCCUCCUCACCCUGAUCUCCUACAUUAAUAUCAUCUCCACCGUCCUGAAGAUACGCUCUGCGGAGGGCAGGCAUAAAGCCUUCUCCACCUGCAGCUCCCACCUUAUUGUGGUUGGCUUAUUCUACACGACAGGUUUUCUCCAGUACACAAAACCCAGGUCGGUCUCCUCUGUGGUGCUGGAUGAAAUAUUCUCAAUUGAGUACAGUAUCUUGACCCCUGUGUUAAAUCCCAUCAUCUACAGCCUGAAAAACAAGGAGUUGAAAACAGCUGUAGGGAAAAUGUUAGGGAAAUUCAAAUUUCUCAAGUAG